UGAACGCGAGCGAGCGAGCGAGUGAACGAGGGAGGGGGAGAAAGAGAGAGAGAGAGAGAAACACACACACACUCAGCGUGAGCCUGUGGUUUAAGCAGACACUAGCCGUGCAUUUAGGGAAACCCACAGUCUCAGCUCCCUGGGAUAAAGGAGUGUUGUUCCUGGCCCUGCUCUUUUUCCCCCUUUUCAUUCUUUUAUUUUAAUCCCUCCAUCCUUUCUCUUCUUCCUUUUUGCCUGCGGAAAGAGCUGGACCGCUGUUCUCUCCUUGAAACACGCCGAGCCGGUAGCGGAGGCUGAUGCUGUGAUACUGCAGGAGAACAUCCAGGCUCUCAUUUAAUGCAGUGAAGUGCUCCGUGAGGAAAAUCGCAAGCAAAGGGGGAUCAUGGGAAAUCUCCUGAAACUGCUGGCUUGCACCGAACUUGAGCAUGGUCCAAUAGUUUUCCUUGACUUUGAACAUGCUCAGCCCACAGAGGCCGAGACAGCCGUGUAUAACCAGGUUAGUGCCGUGCUGGAAGAAGCCCAUGGGAUACUGGCGGAGUUACAGUCUUACAAUGGAGCAGGACAAGAAAUAAGAGAGGCGAUUCAGAACCCCAAUGACCUCCAGUUGCAGGAAAAGGCCUGGAAUGCGGUCUGCCCCCUGGUGGCAAAACUCAAGAGAUUCUAUGAGUUUUCUCUCAGGCUAGAGAACGCCCUGCGCAGUCUUUUGGAGGCCCUAACUAGCCCACCCUACGCUCCCAUGCAGCAUUUGGAGAGAGAGCAGGCCCUCGCAAAACAGUUCGCAGAGAUCCUGCAUUUCACUCUCAGCUUUGAUGAGCUGAAGAUGACGAAUCCAGCCAUACAGAAUGACUUUAGCUACUAUAGGAGGACUAUUAGCAGGAAUCGGCUGAACAAUCAGCAGUUAGAAGCUGAGAACGAAGUGAAUAAUGAAAUGGCCAAUCGGAUGUCGCUCUUCUACGCCGAAGCCACACCUAUGCUGAAAACCUUGAGCAAUGCCACAACGAAAUUUGUGUCAGAGAACAAGACUUUGCCAAUCGAGGACACCACAGAUUGCCUGAGCACUAUGGCCUGCGUGUGCCGUGUCAUGUUGGAGACUCCGGAGUACAGGUGCCGUUUCACUAACACAGACACCAUGCUCUUCUGCAUGCGUGUGAUGGUGGGCGUCAUCAUCCUUUAUGACCAUGUUCAUCCAGUGGGUGCCUUUGCCAAGACCUCCAAGAUUGAUAUGAAGGGCUGCAUCAAGGUGUUGAAAGAGCAGCCAUCAAACAGCGUGGAGGGACUGUUGAAUGCACUGAGGUAUACAACAAGACAUUUAAAUGAUGACAGCACCUCGAAACAAAUCAGGGCCCUGCUUCAAUGAGAGCAAGACGAGAGGAAGACUCCCAGAGAAAGAGACUGUCAGAGAACAAAAAGACGGCGGCUGGCAAACCUCUGAAACCUGUUUGUUUACAAGAGCAACUUGAUCUCAAUUUAAAUAAGAUAUUCUAGAGAAAAGAGAAAGGAAUAUGAAAAUAAAUAUAUAUAGAGAAAGAGAAAUCUGUUGAUGGUUCGUCAUCGUGUGUCAUUUUGUAAAAGCAGGAAGAAGAAAAAAUAGAGAUAUAUAUGUAUAUUAAGUAAAAUUCCAAACUCAAAACUACCCGAUACCAAUAUACAAGAACAUAUUAAGCGCUUAAGAAAUUAAAAACUCAAAAGCGAUAGUUAAAACCACCGAAGGUUCAUAUUCCAAGUUACGUCUGAAGAGUAUUUUUGCACACUUGAAAAGGAAUCCCACGUGAACAUGGCUUGAAACUGUGUAUAGAUCCAUUCUCAUGCGUUUUGAGUUGAUUUCGCCUCAUUAUCCUCGAUAUGCUUCUGGGAAUUGUGGGUUUCCUUGAUAAUACUGCAGUCCAUGGCAUCAUUCCCUCUCUUUGGCACAAAGUCUGUUAUGAAAUAAAUGUAAAUCUCACAUAAUGUACUUGAGACACAUCUCUGCUGAUAUGGACGAAGGAAAGAAAGAAAUCUAACGCAUAUUAUAACCAUCUAGCUGUAUAUACUCGGAAAGCACAGGAUAGUUUUGUAAAGAAAUGAAGCGUUUUGUUAGACUUCUUCACUAGUGCUGUACAGCAAUACUCUACCAAGGUGGCGACUGCAAACACUUUCAUUCCAAAUGCCUUCAUACCGACGUAUGGGACGCUGGAUAAUGCUGACAGAGCUGUUUUCUUGAAAGUCAAAGGCCAGCUGUACAUAUCAUGAGACAAAUGAUCCUUUAAAUAGCUUGAUUUCUUGUUUUGUUUGCUCUUGUAAAAGUUUCCGCGUUAAAACGGAGCGAGUAAGCCAUGAAACACACACAACACACACAUUCUGCCCUGUGCCAUAGCUGCUUUCACUGCGUCACAUUCAGUCCAGACGGAGCGACAUAUUACAAACAUCAUCAGUAGAAAGUGACUAUGUGUCCGAGAAAUAAUUAAUAAAUAAAACUCACGCCAUUGUGAACAACACAGCCGAGUGGAUUUGCUUUCCCCUGUAUUCAAAAGCAAAUCAUUGCCAAAUGAGACUGCAACAUUGCCUUUUAGAUAAAUAGAAGUGAUGCGCUGUGUGAUGUUCGAGUGAUUCGUUUUUUGGCAUGAAUACAAUCUGAAUUCAAAUCUAACAUUAGAUGCAUCAAAAAACAAAACAACAACAGGAUUUGAGGCUGGUCUUUUCACACUGAAAGUGAUGACUAUUUCUAAAAAUCGUUCCAAAUUUGCAUAGUGGUCACUUUAACGAAACUCUAUCGCUGGGAACAUUUGCACACCUAUUUUUAAUUUCCCGCUAAACAAUAAAAACAAUUACAGCCAAUCAGAAUACAUUCAGCAUUAACGACAAUUGAUAUAGUUAUUGUUAUUAGUGUGAACAGGCUUUUAGACUUGGUGUAAAUAUGAGAAUUCUUUCUUGUGGAAUUGUAUGAGGCCUAAACAGAUGUUCAAUAGAGAUCCUUUCUGUUAGAAUCACAUAAUUUAAAAAAAAGUGAGUGAAAAACAAAAGAAUGACUACCACGACAAACGCAGUGCUGUACGUUGAGUGUCUCUCGCCAUUAGUCGAAUUUAAUUUGAUCUUCUAAUACAUUUCUUUACGGAACUCCGUUGAAAAACACAAGCUCCGUAUGAAUAUAUAGAUGGCAUGCUGUAAAAGUUCAGACGAGACUGUAAAUAUGGUGUUUUUAUUCAUUUUUAAUUGUUCGGUGAAUCUGAAUUGGGUGUGUGUUGUCUCUGAGAAAACCAUGCGUUUUGGCUUGGACCAUCGGACUUGCCGUAGACAUUUGUUCCAGAUCUUCGACUUCAUAUCAGCGGUGCGAUUCAAACAGGGCAGGGAGGAGGGUGGGGGGACGGGCUGUCCAUUUGCUUGUUAUUUUGUACAUUUUGUGCAAGAAAUAAACUUGUCAUUUACUACA